CAUUUGCAGGCUAUACGGUAGUCAAGAGUUUGCAGUGUUUGCUUCCCGCGAGCACCAACGUUCUACUCAUUCUAGAGAUCCACCAUUGUCUUACGCUCUCAAAUAUUGCCAUUUUUGAUGGGUGAUCCUCGUGGUUUACAGAUCUGUCAAUCAUCCAUAUCUUGUGAAUGUGACACAGUGAGAAUCAGCUCAGGCACACCCUGAACAUACACAUACGGACAAUGGCGUCGCCCAUCUCCGGAAGGUUUCCGGUGACCAAAAGCCAGAUUGUUCCUACUCUCAGCUGUGAAUUCUGCCGACAACGCAAGAUUAAAUGCGACAAAUUAAAUCCCUGCACAAACUGUCAACAAUCUGGCGUUGAUUGCGAGCCUGUACGUCGUAGGCGGCUGCCUCGAGGACGUCACAAUACAAGGAAGCCAGCCGCAAUUACUCCGAACUUGCAGGAUAAGAUCGAUAGAUUAGAGGCCCUUAUCAAUAUAGCUCUGCAGAAACCUCCUAGUACUUUUACAAACGAUAAUGGGUUAACCCCUAAUUCGAUAUCUACCGAAGCUUCUGUUUCCAAAGGCAUAACAAGCAACCCUUCCCCGCUGGACAACGGUCCUUCCACUGAUGAUAAGCUGGCUACACCACGAUUGUGGUCUAGCAUGUUGAAGGAGAUCCGCGAAUUACAAGGGCUUGCUAGUACUACGGCAGGUGAAGCAGAAGGAGAUGAUGACGACGAUGAAUUCGAGGACCAAGAAAGCCCACCUGCCUUCUUAGCACAAAAUCAUGCUCAUUCACGCUUUGUUGGUCUAUCCCUUGGACAGUUCGGGGGUGUUCCCUUACAUUCCCUGUCACUGCGCCCGGCACCUGCGGUCGCAACUGCGCUUUGUAAUAUAUAUCUCGACCAAGUCGACCGUAUUUUUAAGGUGCUGCAUCGAACUUCAGUGCAGCAACAUUUCAAUGAAGGGAAACCAUACAGUGCGCAUCGCAGCUCGCGUGUUGCAGAGGAAGCACUCGAUGCCGCCAUCUUCUAUGCAGCCAUUGCGAGUAUGACGGAUCGCCAGUGCCAAUUACUUUUUGACUGUAGCAAAGCCACAGUGUUAUCCGAAUACCAGAAGGCCUGCGAAAUAUCUUUGGAAAGGGCAGAUUUGAUGCGAACAAAUGAUAUGACUGUUCUCCAAGCAUUCGUGUUGUAUCUUAUCGCCACCCGAGCGCACGAUAAAUCACGCGCGGUUUGGACACUGUUGGCUACAGCAGUGCGAAUUGCUCAAGCACUUGAUUUACAUGUGGAGUCUAUUCAUCCAUUUGAAACUUUUUUCAGUAAACAGAUGCGAAAGCGGCUCUGGCUAACAAUAUGUUUUCUGGAUAUGCAAACCUGCAUCGACCCUGACUCUAAACCUCUCAUUCCUUUUGAAAUGACGCAAAUAACACUGCCACUCAAUGUGAAUGAUUCCGAUUUCGACGUACGCUAUCAAGGUCUCAAUCUCUCAGAACGUCACGAAGUAACAGACAUGACAUUCGCCCGCGUAACCUAUAGGCUUUUAGCUCUAGGAAGGAGUAUUUAUUGCACAAGUUCGGACGGAGAACACGACAAAGUACGUCAAGAACUUGUCGCAUCUUUUGACGAAGAUGUAUUGCGACUCACCAGGAAAUGCAACCCUGAAGACAAUAAUUACUCCUGGUUUAUCUACCACGCAACAAAUUCUUUGAGAGCAUCAGCAAAAUUCUUCAUAAUGAAACCGCUCAUAGCCAUGCGGAAAAAUACGCCGCAGUCCUUGCUAGAACAUUCCUCUAUUCUCGAGCUGUGCGAAAAGAUGCUUGAAAACACUCCUCGCAUACACAACGAUGAACGGGGAGAGGGGUUCAGAUGGUAUAUCACCCCGCAAUGGCCUGCUCUUCUUUUAACUAUAAGAGAAUGCUCUGUCACAACAGACAUUUCUCUUAUUCAGCGUGUGUGGCCACUUGUUGAGGAUGUGUUUGAGUGCUACCAGAAAGCACACGCACUUCCCACACGACGAACAAGAAUAAAGGCACUUAAGCGGCUUGUAGAAGCUACAAGAAAAAGGGUCCAAAUUCUUAUUCAACCAAGUCCUUCGGAGAAUCAAGGCUCGACUACUACCUCUGAAGAUGCAGGGAUCUAUGGAGAUGUCGAGAGUUUCGCGAACUCCUCUAUACCCUACCACGAGGGGCAGCCUGCAACUGGUUUAAUAGAUCCGUCAUGGAUUGCAUGGGACGAUUUCAUAAAUGAACUGUCUUCUGAACAGUUACCCAACGACGGUUUAGGCAAUUGGGAAGAUAGUCUUUUCAUUACACCUGACAUGAUCUUUCCAUUUACUUGAGCGGUAAUGGUACAUAAAUUUACAUAGCUAUUAUUUUCAAUUCCAUGCCAUGGGCUUGCAC